CCCUCUCUUUUCUUGUAAACACUUUUGAACAAUGAAGCAUCUCGCAGCCUACCUUCUCCUCGUUGCCGGUGGUAACACCUCUCCCUCUGCCAAGGACAUCACCUCCCUCUUGAGCUCCGUUGGUGUCGAGGUUGACAAUGGCCGUUUGGAAUCUUUGCUCAAGUCUCUUGAAGGCAAGAACAUCGCCGAGGUCAUUGCUGAAGGUUCCCAGAAGCUUGCUUCCGUCCCCACUGGUGGUGCUGCCGCUGCUGCCGGUCCCGGUGCUGCUGCUGCCAGCGAGGAUGCUCCCGCUGAGGAAGCCAAGGAGGAAGAGAAGGAGGAAUCCGAUGAUGAUAUGGGCUUCGGUCUCUUUGACUAAACAGUCAUUUUUUCAUCGCAUCAUUCGCAUCCCCUUCCAUAGCGACUGUCAAAUAAA